AUGUCAGUCAUGUUACAAACGCCCUCGCGAGCCUCGUCCGUCUCGUCUGCAUCGUUUCAGGCCAUCUCACGGCAGAACACCAUGUCUUCCUACGAUGGCUCGCGGUCCGCCCGCCAGUCCAAGCGGUACUCCAUGUCGGCACUGUACAUGUCGAUGUCCGCGAAUGAGACUGAGCUCGAGAUUGAAGAUGACUUGGCGAAAGCACAAAAGAUUCUGCGCGAGCUCAAAGCGAAGAUUUCCUCUCAAUCCAAAAAGAACUUCGUCCUUGAGAAGGAUGUCCGGUACCUCGACUCUAGAAUCGCCCUGCUGAUCCAGAACCGCAUGGCUCUGGAAGAACAGAACGAAGUCGCCAGCCACCUCGAAGAUGCCACGGAGCUGCAAGAAGGAGCGUUUCCGAACGACGAUCGGACCCAGAAAUACGGAAAUCUGUUGUUCCUGCUCCAGUCGGAGCCGAGACAUAUUGCCCACCUUUCUCGCCUUGUGACCAUGGCAGAGAUCGACUCAUUACUGCAGACUGUCAUGUUCACGAUCUAUGGUAACCAAUACGAGAGUCGCGAAGAACAUUUGCUCCUGACCAUGUUCCAGUCUGUCCUAACGUAUCAAUUCGACACGACCCCCGAAUACUCGUCGCUCCUACGGGCCAACACACCUGUUUCUCGAAUGAUGACCACAUACACUAGGCGUGGGCCUGGUCAGAGUUUCCUCAAGUCCGUCCUGGCGGAGCGAAUCAAUAGCUUGAUCGAGCUCACAGAUCUGGACCUGGAAAUCAACCCACUGAAGGUCUACGAGCGCAUGUGCGAGCAGAUCGAAGAAGACACCGGUAGCCUGCCACCCAACCUGCCACGUGGUAUUACGGCUGAGCAAGCUGCCGAGAACCCCCAAGUCCAAGCAAUCAUCGAGCCUCGAUUGAUCAUGCUGAGCGAGAUUGCUAAUGGCUUCCUGAACACAAUUAUCGACGGCCUCGAGGAGGCACCCUAUGGUAUCCGCUGGAUCUGCAAGCAGAUUCGAAGCUUGACCAAGCGCAAAUACCCCGAUGCCAACGACCAGGUGAUCUGCACACUUAUUGGUGGCUUCUUCUUCCUUCGAUUCAUCAACCCGGCGAUUGUCACACCAAAGUCUUAUAUGCUUAUUGACGGAGCACCAGCCGAGCGCCCGAGACGUACCCUGACAUUAAUCGCCAAGAUGCUCCAGAACCUUGCCAACAAGCCCUCGUAUGCCAAGGAGCCCUACAUGGCCAAGCUGCAGCCUUUCAUUCAGCAGAACAAGGACCGCGUCAACAAGUUCAUGCUCGACCUUUGCGAGGUGCAAGAUUUCUACGAGAGUCUCGAGAUGGACAACUACGUGGCACUAUCCAAGAAGGACCUCGAGCUCUCCAUCACCUUGAAUGAAAUCUAUGCUAUGCAUUCCCUGAUCGAGAAGCACGCCAAUGAGCUCUGUCGCGACGAUAACUCGCAUCUGGGCAUAAUCAUGUCGGAGUUGGGCCGCGCACCAGCGCAGGUUCCCCGCAAAGAGAACCGCGCCAUCAACCUGCCACUGUUCAGCCGCUGGGAGACGGCUAUCGACGACCUCACCUCGGCGCUCGAUAUCACACAGGAGGAGAUUUUCUUCAUGGAGGCGAAGUCUAUCUUCGUCCAGGUCAUGCGAUCAAUUCCAUCAAACACGUCUGUUGCCAAGCGACCACUACGCCUCGAGAGAAUUGCUGACGCGGCCGCGACAUCGCGCAACGACGCCGUCAUGGUCCGCAAGGGUAUCAGGGCAAUGGAGCUCCUCAGUCAACUGCAAGAAAUGCGUGUGAUUGACAAGAGCGAUGGCUUCAGCCUUCUCCGUGAUGAAGUCGAACAGGAGCUCCAGCACCUCGGGUCUCUCAAGGAUGGUGUGAUCCUCGAGACGCGGAAACUGGAGGAGGUGUACAAGACCAUCAGAGAUCACAACACGUAUCUUGUUGGGCAACUGGAGACGUACAAGAGCUACCUCCAUAACGUCCGCAGUCAGUCUGAAGGCACACGACGCAAACAGCAGAAGCAACAGGUGCUCGGCCCUUACAAGUUCACCCACCAGCAGCUAGAAAAAGAGGGCGUCAUCCAGAAGAGUAAUGUCCCGGAUAACAGACGGGCCAACAUCUACUUCAACUUUACAAGCCCGCUGCCCGGCACAUUCGUCAUUUCGCUUCACUACAAAGGACGUAACCGUGGUCUCCUAGAGCUCGACCUGAAGCUUGACGAUCUGCUCGAGAUGCAGAAGGACAACCAAGACGACCUCGAUCUCGAAUAUGUCCAGUUCAACGUGACCAAGGUGCUCGCACUGCUCAACAAGCGGUUCGCGCGGAAGAAGGGGUGGUAG